AUGGGCUGCUGCUGUGCGCAGCCCGGCUCGAUGGUGGUGAUGACGACGGGCCAUGGGGAGAGCGUCGUCGUCGUCGUCGUCGCGGUGGCUGCUGCCGCUGGUGCUUCUGGCGGCGGCGGCGGCAGGCCGCAGGAGGAGGAGGAAGCGGUGGAAGGCGCGCAGCGAGGAGCGGUGGCCCACGGAGAUGAGGGUGACGCCCUCCUGCUCGCACUGCCGGCUCCUGGCCAGAACUUUCACUACAAGUCGUCGUCGGGUUGGAUGGCGACCCCCUACGGCACCAUGCACGGCUCCUACCAGUUCGUCGACGAGGACACGGGUGAUCUGGUGGAGGCGACCAUCGCUCCGUUCGGACUCAACGCGGGCGCCGAGAGCCAAACGACGUCAGCAAACAUGGCCGUCGGCAGACACCACGCAUGA